GAUAUCAAAGAUCAGCAGCAGCACGGAGAAACGAGUUGUGACAUUACAACGAUGAGUGACGGCAGCUCUCUCCGCAGCGACACCACUCACAGUCACUUGGAGGACGAGCUGGAAACACUGGGGUGGUACCAUUAUGACUUGUCUCGCCAUGCUGCUGAGGCUUUGCUUCUUUCCAAUGGCCGUGAUGGCAGCUAUCUCCUACGGAACAGCAAUGAAGGACCUGCGUUUUUUGCCUUGUCUGUCAGGGCCAAGGAUUCAGUGAAGCACUUUCACGUAAUCCGAAAGGACAACCGCUACUGCUUCGGCUUCAACACAUUCCCAUCCUUGAAGGACUUUGUGAAGCACUUCGCCAACCAGCCCCUUGUGGGCAGCGAGACAGGGACCCUGAUAGUGUUGAAGUGCCCGUACCCCAGAGCAGUUGAGGAGCCGUCCAUCUAUGAAUCUGUGCGGGUACACACGGCAAUGAAGACCGGGCGAACAGAGAACGACCUGGUGCCUGAUGCUCCCUCGUUGGGUACGAAGGAGGGUUACCUGGUGAAGCAGGGUGCUAUAGUCAAGAACUGGAAGAUGAGGUGGUUCACCUUGAACAGGAACGAGCUCAAAUAUUUCAAAGACAAAAUGUUUGAUGAACCUAUUCGAACCUUGGAUUUAACUGCAUGUUCUGCCGUGCAGUUUGAUUACUCCCAGGAGAGAGUUAACUGCUUCUGUUUGGUGUUUCCUGAGAGAACCUUCUACCUCUGUGCCAAGACUGGUGUGGAGGCUGAUGAGUGGAUCAAGAUCCUGCGUUGGAAGCUGUCACAGAUAAGAAAAGGUAGAUGACAAAGAAGAAAAACUUGAUGUCAGAAGGGAACUCCAGCAAGGAGAACACAGGUGUAUAAUGGUUCAAGCGAGACUAGUCAUUUACACUGGCACCAAGGCCUUCACAGCAGCUUUCACAUUAUAAAGGCUGGUCUCUUGCGUCACAAUGAAGCCUUUGGACAUCUUUAACUGCUCACAGUGGAACUGAAACCAGCUACAAUGGUGUCACAAGAGUUAAGGGGAUUUCUGUAAUGGCGACCCUGAAAGAGUUCUAAGCACUGCAGACUUUGUCUGAUGAAGGUGGUGGUUUGGGAAUAUGAAUAUCAUUGCUUCAGUGCUACUGCUUGAAUUAGUGCUUAUUCUUUAAGCUUAUUUAUUUUAUACAGUUUUAAUUAGUCCACUUUGUGUGCUUAUCAACCAUCUUUUGUGUUAUAUGUGGUUCCUGUUGACAUCAUGUACUCUGAUAUUCUGACAAAAGAUAUUUUCAAUCUUGGUAAACUGAGGAAUUAGUCAUGCUUGUUCAUCAAAACAUGUCACAGAGACAGAGAAAUGUAUUUAUUAUGUAUUUUUAGUUUUGAUUGAUCAGUUAUAAAGAUCCUUUUUGUUUUAUGUUCAAUAUAUAAAAUGUGUUUG